GUUUGUUAUAUUGAUACUGAAGGAACGUUCAGACCUGAGAAAGUUUUUAAAAUUGCUGAGAGAUAUGGAUUAGAUGGGGAAGCAGUAUUAGAUAAUAUUUUAUAUGCUAGAGCUUUUACACAUGAGCAUUUGUAUCAACUACUAGCCAUAUCGGCAGCGAAAAUGUGUGAAGAGCCCUUUGCCCUUCUGGUAGUUGAUUCGAUUAUUUCACUCUUUCGUGUUGAUUUCAGUGGAAGAGGGGAAUUGUCUGAGAGGCAACAGAAAUUAAACAAAACAAUGUCUAUUUUAUCAAAACUAAGUGAACAAUUCAACAUAGCUAUAUUAAUAACAAAUCAAGUUAUGUCCGACCCAGGUGCAACGAUGACCUUCAUAGCUAACCCAAUGAAACCAG